CGUUUCAUUUCCAUAGGUUUCCUACUUCAGUGACUUUUUGGCGGGAACGCGAGGAGUGAAGUUAUGUGAUUUGUUUAAUUUUGUUUGUUUUGUCUGUUUAGUGUUUCUUCAGGUUUAAAUGUGUAAUAACGGUGGUUUUUUAACUGUUUAAUAUCUGUGAAAGUGCACAAAUGUGGGAAAAUGAAACAAAGUCGCUGGACGUAACUUCUCGGGAUCCUCCAAAAAGUCCACUGAAAAAAUAAACUGAAUAAUAAUCUCAGUAAAUGACCACCAUUUUACUGAGAUUAUAUUUUAUAUUUCAUCCCAUAUCAUCUCAUUUCAUUUCACUACAUAUUAUCAUUUUUCAUAAAAAUAAGAAUAUAAAUUAAAAUAAGACAUGACCUAAAGGUCUUAGUUACCAGGUCAUAAAAUUCCUCAAAAAAAAAAGAAAUGGAAAGAUAACACCUAGAUUUUUAAACACAUAAAAUUUUUAUUAAUACACAUCUAAAUGGUUAUUUGUAAUUAUUACUAUAUAUCACAUAAUAACCAUGGCUACGAUUACUCGUGGGAUGUGUGUUUUUAGUUAUCGUAAUAUGCUCCCUCGUCGUAUCGUUAAUUAUUCAUUUCAACCACAACAUGCUGAAAAUAAAAACAUAGGUAAAAUCGUACAUGUUGCGAUUAUUGGAGCCCCAAAUUCAGGAAAAAGUACUUUAAUAAACAAAAUAAUUGACCGAAAGAUAUGUGCUGCUUCAAAUAAAGUUCAUACAACUACCAAAUUAGUAAGAGCAAUGUGUUACUGCAAUGACACACAGAUUGUAUUUCUGGAUACACCGGGUGUUGUAACUGAUAGAGAACAAAAGAAAUACAACCUCCCACCUUCAAUGUUAGGAUCAUGUCACAAAAGUCUCAGAUGUGCAGAUGUAGUUGGUGUUGUCCAUGAUGCAUCAUGUAAAUAUAUCAGAGAAUCUUUACACAAGGAUGUUGUUGAAAUGCUGAACUCUGUACAAGAUAUGCCAAGUUUUCUUAUCAUAAAUAAGGUUGAUAAGUUAAGGUCAAAGAAGCAGUUAUUGACUUUAGUGAGGAAUCUCACUAAUGGAUUUAUUGCUGGAAACUCUAUUCCUGGUCCCACAAAUCCUAAUAAACAGGAGAGAGGCUUCAGUCAUUUUUCGGAUGUGUUUAUGGUAUCUGCUUUGAAUGGUGAUGGAGUUUCAGAUAUAAGGGAGUACCUUGUCAACAACGCCAAGCCCGGAAAGUUUCAUUAUUCAACUGAAGAAUGGACUGACCAAACGCCGAAAUCAGUCAUAGAAGACGCUGUGAGAGCGAAAUUCUUAGAUUUUUUGCAUCAAGAAAUACCAUACAAUUUGAAAGUGAAAUUAGAUUAUUACGAAGAGAUCGAUAACGAAGAUAAAAUCAUAUGUUCAGUAUCUGUAGAGUGUCCAUCAGAAAGGCUGAUGCGACUAAUAAGCGGCGCCGGCGGCGGCCGCCUCCAACAGAUAAAGUCUUCUGUUCGGAAUGAUUUGAUAGACGUCUUCAGGAAAACGGUGAUCUUAGACUUGCAAUUGCACGUGAAAAAUAAUUUUUUGUUAGCUAGUUAGUUCGCAGUGCUCCGAUUUUGUUAUGGCUUUUAAGAAUAGUUGAGAACUUAAAUAAACUUUUAUGUUAA